AUGAAAAAAUCGCUCGGUGCACAAAUAGUCCUUCCUUCACAAAAACCUUCUGUCAUUCCCAUUGUCAAUCCAUCAACCUCCACAUCAGUCAAUGACGGGGAUGAGGACGGUUUCGAGAAAACAACAGCAGCAAAAUCAAAGUCUAAAACAAAAGUGUCAACAACGAAAGGGAAUACCAACGCUGUUGGCACUAAUAAUAAAAGACUUUGCAGAAAUGUCAUUAUUCAUGGAUAUUGUAAGUUUGAAGGAAAAGGAUGUGAGUUCAAUCAUGACUCGAGACGAAUCAUUAAUGUAGGAGCUUUUAGUAUCAAGUCAAAGUUAAAAUCGUCAGCAACAGCUUCAGUACCGUUGGCAAGUAUAGUGAACGCACCUGAAUUUAUACCAAGAUCAACAACUGCAACUGCAUUAAGUGCAAAUUUGAGCAAUACAAAAACAACAACAGCAAAACAGAAUGGUACAGGAGCUGAUAUGACAGCCAUUACGAAUGGGUUCAGUCAGUUCGGUAUAACAAAUGAUAAUCAACAAAUUGCAGCAUCAAUGCAACCACCGCCACCGCCACAAAUGAUGAUGUUAUCUCAUUCUUCAGCAUCAGGAGUAAAUCCUUAUUAUUACAUGGAUCAAAUGCCUGUGUUCCCUAGACGACCGUUGCAACAUCAUCUUUAUUCACAACCGCCUCCAACACAUUUGAGCCGCCUACAACCUCAUCAGAGAACGAUCCAUUCUUUUUUCAUUCCAGAUUCACUUCGAGAAUAUUUAACGCAACGUAAUGAAGCUCAAUUUCUGACGGCUUCGGCACAUGAGUUAGGUUUACCUUCUGAAGUACAUGUAUAUCAUUCACUGUAUCCUUUAGAACCCAAUGCCGCACCCGCAUCCGCCGCUGCUACAAACAUCGCAGCUUCAUCUGUUCCUCCUAUAUCACAACUACCGAAACAACAAUCACAACAGCAGAAACAGGAAACAGAGCAAAGAACCAAAGACGAAGAUUCUAAUACUGACCCAUCUUCUACCAAUAUCUUAUCUCCCUCACUAUCCGCAUCAUUAACCACCACUAUCAGUCCAACCUCUACAGAGCCAAUAUCGUACUUUUAUGGCUAUCCAUCUUCUGUAUAUAAAGCUAUCAAUAGCCUAGAUGGUCGACAAUAUGCCAUGGUCCGCAUUGAAGGAUUUCGACUCGUCAACGAGCAAGCGAUGAAAAUAGUCGAAGGAUGGCGCUGCAUCCGUCACUGUAAUAUAGUUUCCUUACGUGAAUCCUUCACCACUAGAGCCUUUGAAGGGCCUUCCCUUAUUUUCAUUUAUGACUACCAUCCUUGUUCUAUAACGCUUCAUUCCGUUUACUUCAGCACUAGCUCACCACCGUCACAGCAACCGAAACAGCAUGCCAUUACAGAGGAUACUAUCUGGAGUUUCAUUACGCAAAUCGCAUCGGCUAUAAAGGCAAUCCAUGGUCGUGGACUAGCCGCUCGUAAUAUCGAUCCAAAAAAAAUCUUGAUCACGGGCAAAAAUCGAAUUCGCAUGAUGGGAGCGGGUAUUUUGGAUGUAUUAGAAUAUGAAAAGUUGACAGCACAUGGGAAUAUAAACGCAAACAUUGCCAUUCAACAACAAGAAGAUUUGUUAUCGUUUGGUAAACUGAUUGUGGCACUGGCUUCUCAGUCCUAUGAUUCUAUUUCCACCGAACAAAAUUUAGUGCAGUCCUUGGAAUUUAUGUCAAGGGCUUAUUCGCCGGAUUUGAAGAAUGUAGUGUUGUAUUUGCUGAGCAAACCUUUACCGACAAAGACAAUAGAUGAGGUGGUCGUGUUAACAAUGCCACGAAUUUUACACGAGAUUGAUAAUAACCAGUUUUAUAAUGAUGAGUUAGAAUAUCAUCUAAGUAGAGAAUUAGAAAAUGGUAGACUUGUUCGAUUAUUGGCCAAGAUGGGCUUUAUUAACGAAAGACCAGAGUUUGAUAUGGAUCCUAGCUGGUCAGAAACAGGUGAUCGAUACUUAAUUAAAUUAUUUAGAGAUUACGUAUUUCAUCAAGUAGACGAGAAUGGUAGACCUGUUGUAGAUAUAGUCCACGUUUUGACCUGUCUUAACAAGUUGGAUGCAGGCGUUGAGGAGAAAAUUAUGCUUACGUCAAGAGAUGAACAAUCUUGUCUUAUUGUAAGCUAUAAAGAAAUCAAGAAUUGCAUCAUUACAGCUUUUAAUGACUUGACUUCAGGAAGAAAAUAA